GCCAGGACAUGGCCACCGAGUCGGCCAGGACUCAUGGGAUGAUCGUCGCGGCCGCACAGCAAGGGGCUCUCCAGUAUCAGGAGGGCUACUCGCAAGGACUCCGGGCCGGCGGUGACGAUGGCUAUGAGGCUGGACUCCGGGACGGCCUGGCCCGAGGCCGGGACAUCGGGCGGGACAAGCACUACAAGUGCGGCUACGCCCAGGGCUAUGCGGACGGGGCAGGGGUCUCGCCGUCCCUGGCCCUUUCGAUCUUCGCGGCCAAGGCCAUGGCCCAGUACAGGGACUUGGACCCAGAUGCGGACGUCGAGGACGUGGUCAGGCAGGUCAUGGAGGAAAGACACCAGGACUUUGCAUCCGCAUCCUCCUCGGCCAGGACCAUUCCCAAGGCCACCAUUCCCAAGGCCACCCAGAAGGGCUUGGGCAAGGCCAAGGACUCCGUGGUCAAAGGCCAGUGGCUCAAAGGUGGCAAGGACAAGGGCGGCAAGGCCAAGGGCAAGGUGGACUCCACAGCCGAGACUCAUGCCAAAGGCAAGGCGAAGUCGAAGGACUUUGCAGGCCACUCCACGGACUUGGACAAUGCGAUCCAGUCCAAGGGCGGCAACGUGGACUCCACGGCCGAGACUCAGGCCAAAGGCAAGGCGAAGUCCAAGGACUUUGCAGGCCACUCCACGGACUUGGACAAUGCGAUCCAGUCCAAGGGCAAGGUGGACUCCACGGCCGAGACUCAGGCCAAAGGCAAGGCGAAGUCGAAGGACUUUGCAGGCCACUCCAUGGACUUGGACAAUGCGAUCCAGUCCAAGGGCAAGGUGGACUCCACGGCCGAGAGUCAGGCCAAAGGCAAGGCCAAGUCGAAGGACUUUGCAGGCCACUCCAUGGACUUGGACAAUUCGUUGCAGUCCACGGCCGAGAGUCAGGCCAAAGGCAAGGCGAAGUCCAAGGACUUUGCAGGCCUCUUUUCGGACAGGGACAAUGCGAUCCAGUCCAAGGCCAAGCCGACCGGAUGA